UCCUCCAGCAUCACAAGCAGCGCUGAAGGAGGCGAGAAGGAAAACAGUAGCGGAGAGAGAGAGAGAGGGCUGAAGUUGGAUGGAGCUUUCCUUUGUCGCCGCGUCUCUGCGCUCAACAACAGCUGCCAGGCUCCUCCGCGAACCGUGAAAUCACACCGUGUGUCGUCAUUUUUCGCCUAUAAGUUGCUCCUCCGGGUUGCAUCUAACAAACGGUCUGCCGAAAUGAUGGAGGAAUCGGUGACCACGUUUGAGACCCAUCUGACCGCCGUGAUGGACAGCCUGAUCCGAGCCUCGGUGUGUGAGAUCACCAAACUCUUCCAAGACACGGUGAACGACUAUCUGGUGGAGCUGUCCCUCAACAGGAAAGAGAACGAGACUCUGAAACUGCGGCUCCGGCUCACCGAGAACAAGCUGAGAACCGAGCGGAAGUACGGCAUGGGCUGGGCUGCGAACCGCCGCAACGCCGGACUGACAGCGGCGGCGGAGGACGAGGCUGGAGGGCGGCAGAAACGAAAAGUUGACACAACCCGAGGCAAGUCAAAAAAGGGCCCAGCAGCAGCCUAUGGCAAAGGCUGGCCUGGAGGUGUGUGGGAGGAAGGAGGAGGUGGCGGCGGUGGUGUGGGAGGAGGAAGUGGAGGAGCUGUGGGCAUGAUAGCAGGAGCAGGAGGAAGAGGGGGGAAGGAGGCCAGAGAGAUGUACCUCAUCCAGUUCCCCCGGGAUGAAGAAGAUGAGGGAGGGAUGGUGGAGGACGAGGAAGGGGAGGGCAGCCUCAGCGGUGAGGGGGAGGAGACGGCCAACAUCAAAGAGGAGUGUUCUCAAACAGAGGGCUAUCAGCCAGCCUCUCUCCAGCUAAUCAAGGAGGCUUUGAAGAUGGAUCCGCCCGACCAGAACCUCCAAACUUGCUCCAGAGCCCAAAGCGAAGGAGAGCUGUCAGACCGGCCCCCGACUCUACAUCCAGGGGAGAGGGAAGAGGAGGACUGGGAGGUGGGCUCAGCAGAGCCACCGGACGGGGGCAUGACGAUGGAUGAACUGAGGGGUCUGGAGUCUGCACUAAGAGCUGAGAGGGGACGUGAGCAGGCUGCCAUGACGACUUCUCAGCCUGCCAGCCCAAGCCCACAAGUGGUGCAAGGGAGCGAGAUAAGCUUGGCCCCAAAGUACAUCGGUCUUGAUGGGAUGGAGCAGGACGGGGAGCUGGAGCCUCAGCCACCCACUCUGCAGAGAGAGGACCAGAUAGGACACAGCAGGGUGAAGGACGGGGUGAGGGCCGGACUGAUCGCUGGAGUUGAGCUGAGGUUAGGCUGGUCCAAGAAGCUGAGAGAGGGAGAUUCGGUGCCUGGAGAGGACGCAGUGGAGCACGGAGGGUCGGAGCACCUACCCCACCUGUCUGCUCCGGGGAGCGUCGGGGAGAGCGGAGGCGAAGAGGAGGGUGGCGGCGACCUGCUCCACUUCUGCCCACAGUGUGGAGGAGGCUUCACUACGGAGGCAGAGCUGGAGGAGCACCCGUGUCCACUAGGGGGCGCCCAUCUACAGAACAGCGGAGGAGAGGACAGCCUUUUCCCUUGUGCCCACUGUGGCAACACGUUCAGCCACGCCUGGGCUCUAAAGAACCACGAGUGCGCCUGUGCUGCCGAGCGGCCCCACAGCUGCGAGAUCUGCGGGAAGCGCUUUACGCACUCGCGCUCCCUGGAACGCCAUCAUCUGGUGCACACGGGCGAGAGGCCGCACCGAUGCCCGCAGUGUGGACGCAGCUUCAGUCGCCUAGGCAACCUGGAGCGGCACCAGAGGAUCCACACAGGUGAACGUCCGUACGGUUGCGAGGCGUGUGGGAAACGCUUCAGCCGUGUGGAGUAUUUAAAGAGACACCAGCUCAUACACAACAGCGAAAAAGCAACACUCCAGUGCUCCAACUGUGGGAGAGGCUUCAGUGAUGUGGAGCAGCUGAAGAACCACCAGUGUUUUUAAAGCCUCCUCUUUAAAAUCUCUGACAGAACUUGAAAGGAAGAGCUGGUUUUUAAUCAGCCGAGAUAGAACUUAGCAGAUGAAUGUGACUGGUUGUAUUUUUCUCAGUGAUUAAUCUUUAAACAAAGAAGCACAAAUGCGUGUGGAUGAUUUUGUCGAGUAAAUAACGAAGGCACAACUCCAAAGUUGACUGGAAGUCGGUUAUACAUGGUGUUUCUGUAUAAGAGGAGAAAUCAAAUCAAACUCAGCCAUUCAGCCAUUGUAACUAGUGCUGUCUUCAUUUGUAUGUAUGUACAAAACUAUGGCUUAUUUAUGAUGAUGAAUAAAUCAUGUAUUUUUAUCUUUUUAUCAAUUAACUCAUGUUACAGCUGAUGGCCUUGUUUUUCUCUGACAAUAUAAUUGACAGUUUGGUAUUUUGUAUGUUUGUGUUUUGGUCAUAUUGUUAAGAAAUAAACAUUUCACUUCAUCAGAAA